GACAUUUUCUUCUUUCUAUCCAUUAAAAAUAAUAAAAUUCCAUAUUUUAUAUUUUAUUAUUAUUUUCCUUUUCAGCCUUUCCCAUUAUAUUUUUUUUUUUCCUACAAUAUAUUAACCCAGAAAAUAUAGAGACCCACCAAACCCAGUGACAGAGGCGAAAACACGACGAAGCCUCUCUCUCUCUCUCUCGCUCGCCCUCUCUCUGUCAAUAAACAGACCGAAGAGAAUUUUAAAAGUAACGAAAAGAAAGUAAUUCUUUUUGAAUCUUUUUUUUAUUUUUAUUUCUUAUUUGGGAUUUCUAGGGUUUCUUAUUUUUUCCCUUAGCUCAGAGAAAAUCUGAGCCUUUGAAAAGGGAGGAUUCGUGAAUAAGAAUCGGAAAAUGGCCUCGCAAGGGCAGGGAAUGGACCCUGCCGUUCUUGAUGAUAUAAUCAGAAGGUUAACGGAGGUCCGAUCAGGCAGACCCGGUAAGCAGGUUCAACUUUCCGAGUCUGAGAUCAAGCAGCUUUGUAUCUUUUCCAGAGAAAUCUUCCUUCGACAGCCUAACUUGCUUGAGCUUGAAGCCCCUAUCAAAAUUUGUGGUGACAUCCAUGGGCAAUAUAGUGAUUUGUUGAGGCUUUUUGAAUAUGGGGGUUUUCCUCCUAGUGCCAACUAUCUAUUCCUAGGUGACUAUGUAGAUCGUGGCAAGCAGAGUUUAGAAACAAUAUGCUUAUUGCUUGCCUAUAAAAUUAAGUUUCCAGAGAACUUUUUCCUUCUUAGAGGAAAUCAUGAGUGUGCUUCUAUAAAUCGGAUAUAUGGAUUUUAUGAUGAGUGUAAGAGGCGAUUUAAUGUGAGACUUUGGAAAGCAUUUACGGAAUGUUUUAACUGCCUUCCUGUGGCAGCUCUUAUAGAUGACAAAAUUUUAUGUAUGCAUGGGGGUCUCUCUCCUGAUCUGGCUAACUUAGAUCAAAUUAGGAACCUAGCUCGUCCAACUGCUGUUCCUGACACUGGUUUGCUCUGUGAUUUGCUUUGGUCGGAUCCUGGUAGAGAUGUUAAGGGAUGGGGAAUGAAUGAUAGAGGAGUUUCAUAUACCUUUGGUCCUGAUAAGGUGGCAGAAUUCUUAGUGCAGCAUGAUUUGGACCUUGUUUGCCGUGCCCAUCAGGUUGUGGAGGAUGGGUAUGAGUUCUUUGCUGACAGGAAACUUGUAACAAUAUUUUCGGCCCCUAACUACUGUGGUGAAUUUGAUAAUGCUGGUGCAUUGAUGAUUGUUGAUGAAAACCUGAUGUGCUCUUUCCAGAUUCUUAAGCCGGCAGAGAAAAAAAAUAGGUUCAUGAUGUGAACAAAAAUGUGAUGUUUGCAAUACUAUUGCUACCUAUUUAUCCAAGGCAUCAUCCGGAGCAAUGUUCUAACCCGAGAAAAUUCAAGUGCGUGGGGAUGAUCUUUUUCGGAGUAGAAACAAGGCAGAAAGAUUUUAUCAUAUUUUCCCCAUUUAUCUUUUCUUGGUAGUAGUUAAUUUGUGCAUCAGAUGUGUAGGUAUGUGGCAAAUGGUAGUAACGCUGUCAAUUGUGGUCAAAAGAAUGGCCUUGUUCAAUCUUCAGAAGAGAUAUCCAGUUUUUCUGACUUUUUUAUUUUUUUUAUUUUUUUUAAUGUUUUCUUUUUCUUUCAAUUGAACUAUAUAUUGAUGGGUUUAGGCUUUGUUUUAUGUUAA